AUGAAUGAGGAUAUCAACUCAGAGUUCGGUGAUGAGCAUGGAGACACCCUGGUAAAUGCAGACAUGCAUAGCCUCAGCAGUUCCGGUGGAGAGCACAUGGACACAGGAAGCUGGUCUGCACUGGAAAAUGAGUUUGCUGAAUCAGAGAAUGUCCAAAGUGCCACUUAUGAGUCCAAUGCAGAUUUGUUUAAUGGAGAUGAGGAAUCAGAUGAUGAAGCUGAUGAGGGUGCAGGCUCAGAAUUGGAGGAUGAGUGCAGCAAAUUCAGGUAUGGAGAUCUGGAGGAGCGCAUAAUAGAGGAUGACAAUGAAGAUGAUGCCAGUGAUGGUGUUAGUGAGAUUGAUCUUGGUGACAAGGAUGGGGAGGGUGCUGCAGAAAACAAGGAAGACUAUGAUGACUAUGGAGAGUAUUAA